GCAUUAGAACGGGAUUUACUAAAGAAAUUCAACAUGGCGCCGAAAGGAAAAUCGGGAGCGAGUAAUGCAGAUUUAAAGCAAGAAGAUAUUGUACAGGCAGUUGUCUUUGCUGACAGCUUCAACACUAACUUUUCACCAAUUUCCCAUGAUAAACCAAGGGCAUUAUUUCCAGUGGCUAACACUGCACUUCUAGACUAUACUUUAGAAUUUCUGUGUUCUGGAGGAGUUCAAGAGAUUUUUGUUCUCUGUUGUCACCAUGCCAGUCAAGUUAAAGACCACCUUAGGAAUUCUCGUUGGAUAGAGAAGAGUUCACCAUGCAAUGUUGUACCAAUAGUAUCUGAAGGUUGUAUGUCGAUGGGCGAUGCGUUACGGGAUAUCGAUGCAAAGAGCCUUAUUCGAAGUGAUUUUGUUUUAAUCUACGGAGAUGUUGUUUCUAAUAUUAAACUACAGGGUAUAAUGGAAGCUCACAAACAGAGACGUGAGAAGGAUAAAUCUGCGAUCAUGACGAUGGUGUUCCAGCAGGUACCCCCGGGACAUAGGACGCGAUGUGCUCAAGACGAUAUCGUACUGGCUAUAGAUAAUCAAACUCAAAAUGUCAUACAUUAUCAGAAAGUAGGAGAAACUGGGGACAGUAGAUUUCAAUUCCCUGUGGAAGUGAUGACAUCACACAAGGACGUUCAGAUACGGUAUGACCUGCUCGAUGCCAACAUCAGUAUAUGUUCCCCGCAAGUUCCACAACUCUUCACGGAUAACUUUGAUUACGAGACGAGAGACAACUUUGUUCGGGGUAUUCUCAUUAAUGAAGAGAUUAUGGGUAACACAAUACAAAUGCAUGUAGUCAAAGAUGCCUAUGCUGCCAGAAUUUCCAACCUACAAAUGUAUGAUGCUGUGAGUCAGGACAUAUUAAACAGAUGGACGUUCCCGUUUGUACCGGACAGUUGUUACCGACAUAAUAAAGAUAGUAUUUCAUACGGCAGACAUAAUGUUUAUAUGAGUAAAAAUGUUACACUGGCAAGAGAAUGUAAGAUAUUGGAGAAUGUAUUAUUAGGGAAUGGUUCAUCAGUUGGAAGCAAUACAGUCAUCACACAUUCUGUCAUUGGCAGAAAUUGUACAAUAGGUAAAAAUGUGACUAUUAAAGGAUCCUACUUAUGGGAUAACGUUACAAUAGAAGACAACUGUACUAUUGAAACAUCUUUAAUCUGUGAUAAUGUAACUGUCUAUGAAAAAGUUAGUCUCUGUCCUGGCUGUGUUCUCAGUUCCAAGGUAACUGUUGGACCAGGUGUUGAGUUGAAGACAGGCACAAUUGCUGUAUCUAAACUAGAGGAUGAUGACUUUGGUGACGAACUGGAUGCUACAGAUGGUGCUGAUACUGAGGCUAUUUAUGGAAACAAGUCGAAGGCAUUUACAUAUAAAGAUACCGAUGCCGACUUGAGUGAUACAGAAGAAGUAACUAAACAGAUCUGGGGACUGGUAGUAGAGUCGGAGAGCUCGGAUGAUGAUGAUGACAGUGAUAAGAGUAGCGAGAGCGGUUCUGAACCAGGCAGUUUAUCACCAGAUGUACCAGUGUAUUACACAGAAAUGUUGGAUACUAUACAAAGGUCAAAAGAUGAAAAUAUCAGUUCAGAAAAUCUCAUUUUGGAAAUUAACUCUUUGAAACAUGCAUAUAACAUUACCAUUAAGGAACUGACUGGUUUAGUGGUUAAAGUAAUGUUAGAGCAACCAUUCUCAGAGAAUCCCAGUCUGGCUGGAGCAGACGCUAUUAAAGUGCUGACACAGACUUUGAGUAAACAUUUAUCAGUCCUGCAAAAUUAUAUAAAAAAUGAGGAAUCACAACUCCAGUGUUUACAAGCAAUAGAGGUGUUUGGCUCAGCAAAUUCGGUCCAUAUGGCUUUAGUUAUGAAGCUGAUACACUUCCUGUAUGAUUCUGAUAUUUUGGCAGAGCAGGCUAUUUUUAGAUGGUACAAAGCGCCACCUAGCAGCAGUGGCCAUGACGAGCUUGAUGCAGUAGAUGGAGAGGAAAUGGAAAAUAAGCAUUCUGAAAUUAGAAAACAGGUGGCGCCACUCAUCAAGUGGUUGGAAGAAGCAGACGAAGAAUCUUCCGAUGAUGAAGACGAUUGACUCGUGCUCGCUUUUAGUAUCUACACAGCCAUUUUCGUCAUCAUAACUCUAGUACUAUUACUUCAGCUUCAUGGAAUGAAUAAACUAACUUUCUGGAUGGACAGUAAAUGUCAUAGGGACAUGAAUGAGAGUUGUUGGGUUGUUUAACCCUUUAGCACGCCUUAUGUCUGAAAUGGAAUUGUCCAUCAUUAAAAAUAGACUAAACAGUUGAUCAUUUUUGGGGGGAAAUUUCAAAAUAUGAACUGACUGUAAUGCAAACCAUGCAGACAGUGGUUAAAUGGAAUGAUUGGGUUGACUGGUUCCUGGGCUGCACUGAUUGCAUGGGUAGAAUUUGGUGAAGCCAGCAGGUUAUGAAUUAUGAAUUCUAUUAGAAGGAACACCAUCUAAUGUAGUGACUUUUAUGAUAAAAGGACAGUGUUACUUGGUUCAGUCCAGCUUGUGAGCUACGGGAUGGUCAAUGUUUAUCCUAUUUUAAGAUAAAAUCAAAUUCGUUUCACACACAUUUGGAAAUAUGGAAAUAGUUCUAUCAUGGAGUUUCAAAAAUGGAGAAAAAAAAUUCAUGGAAGUAUCGUGGAAUUUUAAGAUUCUGCCUUGAGCAUGUUAAAAUUUUCAUAUAGUGCAAACAAGUGCUAAGGUUCAAUCAUUUAAAUUAAACAUGAUAGGAUAUUGAUAAAUAACUAUGAAUUAAUUUGUUUAUUAAAAAAAAACAGCUGCAAAAAGCAAAAUUAUGGAUAUAAAUGUGUUUAUAAAUAGCAUAAUCAUAAUUAUAUUCAAUGUCAUGAAAACAAAUUUGUGUUAGAUAUUUAUAAAUGAUCUUUGUUUUGUAAGGAAAAAACUUGAGCCUUUAAAAUGUUUUUAUAUUAAUCAUGAUUUGAUUUGCUACAUUCUGUUUAUAGCUGUUUAUUUACUAUGCUGGAAAUAAAAAUGCUUUGUGACUUA